GAGUCCGGCAUAGAUGCCAAUUGGUGCUUCGAACAACAUGUUGCUGUUCGCUAAUAUUUGUUUGAAAAUCGCAACACUUGCCACAAUUUGUGGCAUCCUCGGCCAGCUGCAAGUGGCUGGUGCCGUAACAGCAGCCGGAUCUGAGCAACAAUUGCCGCAACGCAUCCACAGUUUACUCCAUCAAUUAUCCUGUGGCAGGAAACUCAAUGCAAGCGCCAACUUCGCUUUGUUGUUGGCCGAAUUUCUGAUAAAGCAGAAAAUGAGAUACAUAACGCCCACACGAUACGAUAGACAAUUAUAUUAUCAACUGCUGCAUAAAAUGAAUCAGCUGGCAAGCUGUAAAAAUCCAGGCGAAUUUAAUCCAUUGCAGGAGCUAAUUUUGCGAAACGCCUUUCAGCGCAAUGUUUUGCUGCUGCCACCCAGCUUGAAAUAUGGCGCACUGAAUGCAAAUGCUGAAUAUGAGCAGCUGGCCAUGAGUUAUGACAGCCUCGUCAGCCAGGGCUCGCCGAAUAGAACGGAAUCGGAUCUCUGCAUGCGUGAUAUAGUCACUCUGGAUACGAGCCGGUGUAAGCUGAGUCUGAGCUGCUUGGACCUGCUGACCAGCGAGGCGCCAGCCUAUGGCUAUCAGCGCACUCAUCAGGUGCUUCUGCUCUACAUGCUGCAGCAUCACAAAUGUGCCCCCCGCUUGAGCCCGCCCCAGCUGUACGAGGAGCUGGCGAAGGGACACUGCAAUGAGAUCUUAGGCGAACAAAAUGCGAUACGCAGCCUGGCGCUGGGCAUGGGCAAGUACAAGGAUCUCUAUCUGGAGCAAGCAACUAUUUGUGGUCUCUGGGGCUACAAUGAGUUCCUCAACUGGCGCAAUGUGAUGGAAAUCGACAGCUGGCAGAAGGAGGAGAACCAGCAGCAGCAGCAGCAGCAGGAGCAGGAGCUGCAGGAGGAGGAGAAGGAGCAUAUUAAGGACUUGUCGCUUGUGUUCUACAUAAAUGCGUUGCUGCUGCUGCAUUAAUGCUGAUGUAAUUUACUGCUGCUGCUGCUGCUGCUGCUGCUGCUGCCUCUGCUGCUGGCGUUGCUUUUGCUGCUUUUCUAAUAACUGCUUGAUAACUGAAUAAAAUGCAGCUUUAUUGCUUUGACGAUGUGUUGACAGGACGAGCAGUUAA